AUGGAGGAGAGUGUCGUACGGCCCUCAGUGUUUGUGGUGGAUGGACAGACUGACAUCCCAUUCACGAGGCUGGGACGAAGCCGCCGGAGACAGUCGUGCAGUGUGGCCCGGGUGGGUCUGGGUCUCUUGCUGUUGCUGAUGGGGGCCGGGCUGGCCGUCCAAGGCUGGUUCCUCCUGCAGCUGCACUGGCGUCUAGGAGAGAUGGUCAGCCGCCUGCCUGACGGACAUGCAGGCUCCUGGGAGCAGCUGAUACAAGAGCGAAGGUCUCACCAGGUCAACCCAGCAGCGCAUCUCACAGGGGCCAACUCCAGCUUGACAGGCAGCGGGGGGCCGCUGCUAUGGGAGACUCAGCUGGGCCUGGCCUUCCUGAGGGGCCUCAGCUACCACGAUGGGGCCCUUGUGGCCACCAAGGCUGGCUACUACUACAUCUACUCCAAGGUGCAGCUGGGUGGUGUGGGCUGCCCACUGGGCCUGGCCAGCACCAUUACCCACGGCCUCUACAAGCGCACGCCCCGCUACCCCGAGGAGCUGGAGCUGUUGGUCAGCCAGCAGUCACCCUGCGGACGGGCCACCAGCAGCUCCCGCGUCUGGUGGGACAGUAGCUUCCUGGGUGGUGUGGUGCACCUGGAGGCUGGGGAGGAGGUGGUCGUCCGUGUGCUGGAUGAGCGCCUGGUUCGACUGCGUGAUGGCACCCGGUCUUACUUCGGGGCUUUCAUGGUGUGAAGGAAGGAGCGUGGUGCAUUGGACAUGGGUCUGACACGUGGAGAACUCAGA